AUGAGAUUUUUGCGGACAAUAUCGGUUGUCGGGUGCCACUCAGAAGGAGAAGUUGGAGAUGUCAUUGUCGGCGGCGUGCUAGAUGUACCGGGCAAGACAAUGUACGAGAAGCUCGAGCAUUUCCUCACCAACAAGGAUGACUUGAGACGACUCCUUCUCAAUGAGCCCCGUGGCCGCUCUUCGAUGAACACCAACCUUGUCCUGCCGCCAUGCGACCCCCGCGCCGAUGCGGGAUUCCUGAUCAUGGAGAGUGACGAGUACGCCCCGAUGUCCGGUUCAAACACCAUCUGUACUACUACAGUGCUGCUCGAGACGGGCAUGCUACCCAUGAAGGAGCCAAUCACAAAGCUGAAUCUCGACACCGCUGCUGGUCUCGUCGGCGUCACGGCUCACUGCAAAGGUGGCAAGUGCAAGUCGGUCGCUUUUGACAACGUCCCGUCCUUUGUGGCCGCUCUGGAUCUAAAGGUCAAUGUUCCUGGGCUUGGCCAAGUGAUGGUUGACGUUGCCUGGGGCGGCAUGUGGUAUGCUCUGGUCGAGGCUUCGGCUAUUGGGUUGGAAAUCACAAACGAGAAUGGGCCUCUGCUCGUGGAGCGUGGUGAGCGUGUGAAGCGCGCGGUCCAAGCACAGUUUACACCAGCUCAUCCCGAGAAUACGUCCAUCAAGGGUGUCAGCAUCAUUGCCAUUACAGAGCCGGUUGAAGAAGGGGGGGAUGGCUGCAAGAUGGCUAAAAAUGCCGUCGUGGUGUCGCCUGGUCGCUUCGAUCGCAGCCCGUGUGGAACCGGAACUUGUGCGCGAAUGGCGGUGAUGCAUGCAAAAGGCCAGCUCAAGAUUGACGAAACCUUUCGUCACCGCAGUAUUAUCGGAACGGAAUUCGUCAACCACAUCCGCGGCACAACAAAGGUGGGCAAUUAUGAUGCGAUUCUGCCGACUGUGCAGGGUCGAGCAUGGAUUACCAGCUACAAGCAAAUCAUUCUCGAUCCUGAAGACCCAUUCCCCACAGGAUUCAGGGUGGGAGAUCAAUGGCAUGUAUCGAAAGACCCAUGA